UCAGUUGGCAUCUCGCCUCCUCGAGCAAGAUGAUGUCUUGGAGCGCGAUCCCGCGAUCGAAUGUCCCGAUCAGCUCGUUGUAACGUUGUCGUUGUUGCAACAUCUCCGUUUGGAAAGCGUGGACCUUGCGUGUCAUACCUGUGUAACGAAAACUCGGGUAGUGACUCGGGAUAAUUUGUAUAACGUGUAAUAUCUUUUGUUGUUGGCUUGGAAAUGAAUGAGGACUUUUGCCAAGUUUGCCCCAUGAUAAGAACUGAUGCAGCGAAAGCUGCAUAAGUGUGAGAGAAAGUGAAAUAGUUCGAGGAUAUCAGAUACACUGAGAAAAUAUUUUGGCCGAAGUUAGCAGAGGUGAGAUUUUAUCUCAUGAGAUCGAGACGAUGCUCGCGUUACGAAAAGUGCGGUCAUCGGUGUAAAAAUACGGUGGAGAGGAGGUCGUUAAAAAAUUAAGGAUUCCGCAAGAAACAGAAAACCAGACAAUGGAAUCAUAUUGAUUGUCAUGCCGACGUAAGGGGAACGUGCGCCGAAGGAGUGCAACAAGAAAAAUGUUAGGCACGGAUGCGGCGGAGCAAAGCGCGAAUAAUGGUGUGAUAGUCUCGCAACUUGCAAAUUCGCACACACCACAGGACUUCACCGUCUCACGUCUACUAUCCACUCCGACACACUCUUUAGAUUGCAGCGAGACUUCUGCCGCCGCUGGGAACAGAAGACCCAGAAGAAGUAGAACGACCUUCUCAGCGCAACAGUUGGCCGCGUUGGAGAGGGUGUUCGAGAAGACACACUAUCCGGAUGCCUUCGUGCGCGAGGAAUUGGCAACGAGGGUAUCUUUGUCGGAAGCGAGAGUGCAGGUGUGGUUCCAGAACAGGCGGGCAAAGUUCCGGCGGAACGAGCGCAGCUCGGCGAUGAGCCGGGGUGUCUCCGCGAGCAGAGAGAUGGAAGCUGCGCUGCCGUUGCGUCCCAUCAGGGUAUCGCAUCCGCCGCAGCACGAGGAGAGCAACGCGGAAUCAUCACAGAGCGCGGUCACGACCACCCAGGUGACGGCGCAGUAUCCUUACAGCGACUACUGGAGAACGAUGCAGACGCAGCAUUACGCGGUGCAAACCGCCGCGACUGCCGGCUGCCACGGCUUCGCCGCGAACGGCGGCCUGGCGAACGUCGGUCUGCCACCGUAUCAUCAUCAUCAGGCCGACAUCCACCACGGGACACCGCUCGACGGACCCACCGUGAAUAGUCUGAGUGCCUUGAGACUGCGAGCGCAUCCCUACGGCUCGUCGUAUCCCGCGAUGCAUGCAAGUAUGUGAUAUUGUUCGCGGAAAUUGAAUCUUCAGAAUGAGAGUGGAUGUUCCUCCUACUUCUUGAGCAAGUGCAUCGUUUAAGCGAGAUUUUAAAUAUGCUAUGUUUAUUUAAAUAAGACGUGACUUGAGGCCUUCCAUUAUUAAAGGUCUCAAAAAGUUGAGAGAGUGCUUGCAAGUUUAAUUUGUUUUCGGCAAAAUUAUUUUCGACUUAUCGUUCUUUAUUAGCGUAAGAGGAUCGCAAAAAGUUUGAUGUGUACUGUUUCUUCGACCCACUUAUUUUGGAGACUGCAAUAAUGAAUCGGAAAACUUCAAAUAUUUUUAUCUUUUCUAAAAUUGCAUGUUUUUUAAAUAAACGCAUAACUGUUUUAGAACAGUGAUGCUUUACGUGCAAAUUGGAAUUUAUGUUUUUUUUUAGAAACUGUUUUUAUAUAGUGUUACAUAUUUAUGUCCCAAAAAUUCAAUACUGCCUUGUCGUUUGCUUCUUGGCACCAUUUGGAUACCAGUUUUAUUCUGAAGAUGCAAUGUGACACAAAUGUGGUGAACCAUCCAUUUGUAAUAAAUUUUAUAUAAAACUUUCCAUCACAUUUUUUGAAACCAAAGAUUAUACCAACACCUUGAUAGCUCAGAAUUAAGUGCAGAAUAACAAUGCACACACAUUCUACAGAUCGCGUUAAUGCAUAAACGUCCGACUGUGUGCCUUAAUCAACGAUAAGCAUUAACUGAUUAGAUUGGGUUUAAGCUGUAAAUUCUGAACACAGGGUAACAAAUAAGUUAUAGCGCUUCUUUAUCUUGUUGAUAGAAUAAUAUUAAGUUAUGUGCAUUAUAUUAGAACACCAGAUAAUAUUUAAAUAUAGGUCAUACAGAAAAUGUUAUUCUAUACAAAGUUGCGGACUUACACACAUACACACACAUAUAUAUAUAUAGACGGUAUGAAUAUAUGUCGUGCAAUAAAAACGUUGAGAUUGAAGAACAUUCUCAUUUUCUUACUGAUAUAUAUAUGCAAUAAGAAAAGUACAACAUAUAGAUAUAUGUAACAAAUACAUGUAUAUAUGUACACAUAUCGAAAUAUAUUGGCACAAGAUUAGAAUAUA